UAAGCUCUCUUUGCAAACCUUAAUCAAAUAUUAAAUUUUAGUCAAGUACGGAACGUAUAACUGUUUAAACGUGUUUUUAAUUCGCGUUGUAGUCAAAAUUUUCAUUAUCUCGAAAUAAAUUAACGAUAGGAAUAAACAACGAUUAACUCUGGACUGCCUGCUUAAUUGUCGACUGCCAGCGUAUGCAAAUUUACUCGCAAACAAAGGAAGUGAAUUAAAUAAUUUUAUAAAAAUUUUCGGCAACAUUAACUGCUAAAAGAUUAUUCAUUUAUUUCCGCUUAUCGUUUUUUGAUAUGUAUAAAAAAAUGUUCACUACAUUUAUAAUUGUGAUUUUUAUGAUUACCUAUGGUCAGAGUGUUCCGAUCGAAUCCAUUGAAUGUCCAGAAAAAUAUGGCGUUCAGGCUUACGCUCAUACGGAGCAUUGCGAUCAAUUCUUUCUUUGCACUAACGGUACGCUGACUUUGGAAACUUGUGAAAAUGGUUUGUUAUUCGAUGGUAAAGGUGCCAUACAUAAUCAUUGCAACUAUAACUGGGCUGUUGAUUGUAAAGGCAGACAAUUUGAUCCUACAGCGAUAUCAACACCCGGUUGUGAAUAUCAAUUUGGUAUUUAUCCGGUGUCAAAAGAAUGCUCCACCACUUACAUUAAAUGUGCGUUCGGGGAACCAAUUGAACAAGAAUGCGAUGCCGGCCUUGCUUACGAUGAUCGUAUACAUGGUUGCAAUUGGCCCGAUCAGUUAUUGGAAAUCUGCAAUCCGGAAGCCGUUGUCGGUUUCAAGUGUCCCACUAAAGUUGAUUCAUCGUCGGUCGCUGCUCGUUUCUGGCCUUUCCCACGUUUUGCGGUCCCCGGCGAUUGUCAUCGCUUGAUUACUUGCGUUGAAGGGCACCCACGCUUGAUCACUUGCGGCGAAGAUAAAGUCUUCGAUGAGACCUCUUUAACCUGCGAAGAUCCCGAAUACGCUCAUGCUAAAUGUGGUGGUGGUUACGGAAAAUAAGUCUCUCUCUCUCUCUCUCUCUCUCUCCC